AUCUUAAAUUUAUUUUCUAAAUUACUCGAAACAAAAGCAUUAAUUGUACAUUUAAUCGAAACAGGAUCUCAGCGAAAAAGAUCCGUUUCUUGACAUGGGAUCACCCCUUACAAAUUAAAGUCUCAAAAAGCUCCUUCCCCAAACGGCCGAACUGUAGCAUUUUAGUAAUUUUAAUUUUAAUUUUAAUAUGAGAAAAGGAUGAGAAUUCUUCUCUCACUGUCGUUUAUUUUUAUCAACACUCUGGUACAGUUAGAACAGAAAGUGACUCAAUCGUCCUUCUCCAACACGAUAGCGUUGCCCGAGUUAUCUUGAAUUUAAGGAAACAAAAUCAAUGGUUGCUGGCAAAGUAAAAUCUGUAAUGGGGUUGCAGAAAUCCGUGGCGCCAACUAAGCAGAAGCCCGACGCCUCCGCCAAACCACCAUGGUCAACCACGCCGAGUUCAGCCAAGCCACAGCCGCCGCCGCAGAAGGGAUCCGCCGCUCCCUUCUCACGUUACUUCCCACGCGCAUCGGCUCAGGUUCAGCCCCGCCCUCCCGACGUCUCCGAACUCCUCCGCCUCGUCGAGGAAUUGCGAGAGAGCGAGUCUCGCUUGAAGACCGAACUCUUGGAGCAGAAGCUGGUGAGAGAGUCCGUCGCCAUGGUCCCCGUUUUGGAAAGCGUUAUCUCCAACAAAGAUUCCGAAAUCGAACGCUCCAGAAGGAAGAUCGGAUGCCUGGAAGCCGAGAACGAGAGGCUGAGGAGCGAGAACGAGUUUCUGCAUAUGGAGCUAUCCAAACAGAAUCAGAUAUACGAAGAGAAAAUCAGACACAUGCAGGAAGAGCUAGCUGAUAUUAAGAUAGCCGUUUCCGAGAGAGAAAGCGACUACGAGGAGUCCUCGUCUUCAUCGACCACCGUGAAGCUCAACGACGCCGCCACCAACAAUCGUAAAUCAAAUAUACCUACAAAGUGUUUGAGAAAAUGCACGGCUCAAUUCAGCAGUAAGUACGAAACUGAUGCGAGGAAAGACGAAAUCUCUGUUGCGACGGAGAGUAACGAAAGGGCGAGGCAUCCAACAACGGGAAAUUCCGAUGAAAAUCCAGAAACUUCCGACGUUUUUACGGGGAUAAGAGCCCGUGCUCCGCGCGUUCCUAAGCCGCCUCCGCGGCCGUCCGCUUCACUUCUCUCGAUGGUUUGUUCAUCUUCUCCCAAAUUUCUGUCAUCCGUCUCGUUGCCUUCUUACGGUUCCUUAUCCGAUUCAGCGCACCGCGCAUUAUCGGAGAUCUCCAACGGUUCACAUCCGCCACCUCCGCCGCCUCCACCGCCUCCUAUUAGGGGCUCCGCCCCUCCUCCACCCCCGCCGCUUCCUUCACGGCCAGAGAAAGCCGCCGCUGCACCACCUACUCCUCCUCCUCCUCCGCCUCCUCCAAUAAGGGGGUCAACGCCGGCGCCGGCGAAGGUCAGGAGAGUUCCGGAGGUGGCUGAGUUUUACCACUCUCUAAUGCGGAGGGAUUCCACUUGCCGGAAGGAUUCCGCCGCCGGCGAUCCACAGGGUGCCGGUGCUACGGCGAAGGACAUGAUAGGCGAAAUCGAGAACCGUUCCGCACAUUUACUAGCCAUUAAGACUGAUAUAGAGACUCAAGGGGAUUUCAUUAGGUUCUUGAUUAAAGAAGUUGAGGCUGCUGCAUUCACUGAUAUUGAGGAUGUUGUGUCUUUCGUCAAAUGGCUUGAUGAUGAGCUGUCUUACCUGGUGGAUGAGAGAGCAGUGUUGAAACACUUUGAUUGGCCUGAGAAGAGAGCAGAUGCGUUGAGAGAAGCUGCAUUCGGUUACUCUGAUCUGAAGAAGCUCGAAUCUGAAGUCUCCUCAUUUCGUGACGAUCCUAGACAACCUUGUGCUCAUGCUCUUAAGAAAAUACAGUCUUUGUUUGAGAAAUUGGAGCAUGCUGUGUACAAUUUGUCGAGAUUGAGAGAGUCGGCGACGGAGAGAUACAAAGGUUUCCACAUCCCUGUGAACUGGAUGCUUGAUUCCGGUUAUGUAAGUCAGAUCAAGCUGGCGUCCGUGAAAUUAGCGGUGAAGUACAUGAAGAGAGUGUCGGGGGAGCUUGAAAUGGUCGGUGGUGGCCCCGAAGAAGAGGAGCUUAUAGUUCAAGGUGUCAAGUUUGCAUUCCGAGUUCAUCAGUUUGCGGGUGGCUUUGAUGUGGAAACGAUGAAGGCUUUUGAGGAGCUGAGAGAUAAAGCUCGUCUGUGCAACGUUCAGUGUCAAACGCAGCAGCAACACAAGUAUGUUUCGAGGUCGUGUGCGUCUGCUGUGUAUCUGUAGGCUGCAGCAAAUUCACCUGCAGAAGAUGGUAGGCUCUAUUUUUGGCUGUAAAAUAGGAGUGACGAUAGGCCAAAAAUGUGUAUAUGAUUGGCGGCUGCGGCUGCAUUGAUUUUGUGCAAACUUUUUGCUGUAUAAGCUUUCAACAAUUCAAAAUAUAACAAUUAUUUGAAUGAAAUUUAGGUUGAAGAUGAAA